CCACAACUUCCUCUACUCACCUUCAUUCCAGCAUUCAUCUGACGUCAAUUAAUUCCCACAUUCUCGCUACACCCCUCUUUGUGAUUUACCAGAACUCAUAUUCAAGAUGUUAGAAGCACGCCUCGAACAAGCCAGUCUCCUCAAGCGCGUCGCCGACGCCAUCAAAGACCUCGUCCAGGACUGCAACUUCGACUGCAAUGACUCCGGAAUCGCCCUCCAGGCCAUGGACAACUCCCACGUUGCUCUGGUCUCCAUGCUGCUCCGCGCCGAGGGCUUCUCCCCCUACCGGUGCGACCGCAACAUCGCGCUGGGAAUCAACCUGGUCUCGCUGACCAAGGUUCUGCGGGCCGCCCAGAACGAAGAUAUCCUGACGCUCAAGGCUGAGGACACCCCCGACGCGGUUAAUCUCAUGUUCGAGAGCCCGGAGACCGACCGGAUAAGCGAGUAUGAUAUCAAGUUGAUGGAUAUUGACCAGGAGCACCUGGCUAUUCCCGAGACAGAGUAUGCGGCUACGGUUGAGAUGCCGUCGGCGGAGUUCCAGCGGAUCUGUAGGGAUUUGAACCAGCUUUCUGAGUCGGUUGUCAUCGAGGCUACCAAGGAAGGCGUCAAGUUCUCCUGCCAAGGUGACAUUGGCAGCGGCUCCGUAACCGUCCGUCAGCACACCAACGUCGAAAAGCCCGAUCAGAACGUCUCGAUUGCGCUCUCCGAACCCGUCGCUCUUACUUUCUCCCUCAAAUACCUCGUCAACUUCUGCAAGGCUACAAAUCUGUCUAGCUCGGUGUCCCUGUGUCUGUCCCAGGAGGUUCCUCUGCUUGUCGAGUAUGGUUUGGGAAGCGGCCACUUGAGAUUCUACCUUGCUCCUAAGAUUGGUGAUGAGGAGUAAGGCGAUCACGAUAAAAACAACGAAAAUGCUCAAUAAUAAUGAUGGGGGUGUGCGACGAUUAUUUCUGAUAUUUUCUCAUGUCCACUGGACAAGGGUUUUCAUAGUUUUUUAUUCGAGCGGUUUAUUUAGUGAUUUCAAUAUACCAAGCACGACUGGGUUUAGUGGUAUUACGAGAUCCUCCGUACUACGUAGGCGGAGAAAAGCAUAGUAAGAAAUGCUAGGCACCAAAAGUUGCAUUGUGAAUCAUAGCUAUCCCGACAACUGCCCAGCUCCCAUCGACCAGUAUAUCCCACAACCACAAAACCACAUAUCAGCCGCGACAAAUCGACCGAACCGCCCUAAGAGAAACCCCCAACAGGCCCUCAAGAACC